AGUAUAGAAUCACCGCUGCGAGAAGUUAAAAGUGUACGAUUUCGAUAUUAAAUUAAAAAUCAAUUUUAAGUGUAAAUUAAAAAAAAAAUAUAUUCAAAAUGCGUUUCUUUAUAUCAUGUGGAAUUAUAUUUAUAGCCUAUUUGGCUUAUGCGAAUUCGGAUGCCUGUGUCCAGUGUAACUCUGCCACAGAUGUUAAGUGUGCCACAACUCCAGACUCAUUUUUGGCUAAAGAGUGCAACAAUUCGAUAUCCAAAUGUUAUACACGAGUGCUAGAUGGCAACACUAUUCGUGGCUGUGCUGUAGAUUUAGACAAUGCCACAGCCUCCACGUGCAAUAAUGAAAUGGAAUGUCUAAUUUGCACCUUCACCGAAGGCUGCAAUCGUCAGGUGUUCCCAAAUCAUCGUCUGCAGUGUUUGCAAUGUUCGGGCAACAACGAAAACAGUACCUGUGCCACUGACAUCUAUACAAAGCCCCUGUACUGUCCCACCUAUAAAUUGGGUGAUAAAUGUUACAUUCGCAAGGAUGGCCGUAAUUCUAGCACUUCCGUACAACGUGGUUGCCUAUCAUCGGCCCAAGCCAAUGGUCUUUGCAAGGACACUUCAAAUUGUUAUACCUGUGAAGGUGCUGGCUGUAAUUUCUUGGAAUUUAAUGCUACUGAAAUUCCCUUGGCUCGCGAUUCUGCCAUGGCUUAUGGCGCUCCCGUAUUGCUGUUGUUGUUUGGUGCUAUGUCAUCACGUUUCUUUUAAUGCCAAGCAUUUUUUAAUUUUAUUUUUUUUUAUUUCUUAAACACAGCAAUUUAUUUUUCGAAAAUGUUUUAAUAGUUUUGUGAACAAAUAUAAUUUAAAAAAAUAAAAAUGUAGUUACAAUUUAACUUUUAUAUCGGAAAAAUAAAUUUGAAAAACAAAUUUAAAACAUAAA